AUGGAAAAUCAAACCAUGUUUACUGAAUUUAUACUAUUGGGACUUUCAAGUAAUCCUGAAAUACAGAUGAUUCUUUUCUUUAUAUUUUUAAUUAUAUACACAAUAACAAUAUUAGGAAACAUUUUGAUCAUAUUGAUAAUCAGGAUUGAUCAUCAUCUCCAUACACCCAUGUUCUUCUUUCUCAGUCAUCUAGCCUUCAUUGACAUUUGCUACUCAACAGUCACUGUCCCAAAGAUGCUGACAAAUUAUAUAGCAAGCCAAAAAACAAUAAUAGGAUGCAUUGUGCAAAUCUUUUCCAUUAUUGAUUUUGCUUGUGUAGAUUUCUCACUGCUUUCAGUAAUGGCAUAUGAUCGCUAUGUUGCAAUAUGCAACCCAUUACAUUAUUCAACAAUUAUGAGAAAGCAAACAUGCAGACAGCUGGUGGGAGGAUCCUGGAUAAUGGGAUUCUUAGAUGCAUUGAUCAAUACUUUACCUUUGAAACAUUUGAGAUUUUGUUGGAUGCCUUCAAUCAAUCAUUACACUUGUGAACUUCCCGUGAUCUUGAGCUUGUCAUGUAGCCAGACUUUUAAUAAUUAUAUGUUGUUGAUUGCCACAAGCAUUAUUUUUGUUUUUACACCCUUGUUUCUUAUUGUUUUGUCUUAUAUUUAUAUUAUUUCUUCUAUUUUUCAUAUUAACUCAGCAAAAGGCAGGAGCAAAGCGUUUUCCACAUGCAGCUCCCAUCUCAUUGUGGUUUGCAUGUUUUUGUUUUCAGUUGUUUUCCGAUACCUGAAACCAAAUUUUAAAUCUCCCACAGAUCUGGAAAAAGUGAUCUCUAUCCAAUACACUGUAUUAACACCUAUGUUGAACCCAAUUAUAUACAGCCUCAAAAACAAAGAAAUUAAAGUAAUAAUUGGAAACGGUUUAAGAAACAUAGGCAUAAUUUCCAUUUAG